GUCAGUAUCGUUCCAAACUCCGAACGCGGCACACGUGUCGACGCAAACCGUAACGCAGAACACACACCACUACAAUUUUCAUACGAAAAACGCGCGCGUAAAAGUUCGAAGUCAACGUUUGAGAUUGUGACUCGAUACUAUGGGCGCUCUGCUAUCCUACAUUUGGUGGGGUGGAGACCCGGACGUGGUGAAUGAAAUCUCUGGACUCACGAGACGCGAGGUCUACCUGGUACAAAAGUCCUGGGCUCCUGUCAACGCAGACAAGGUCAACAAUGGUGCUGAACUGCUCAGAAGAUUCUUCACCGCGUUCCCGGCGUCGAAGGAAUUCUUCAAAAUGAUCAAGAACGUACCAGACGACCAGUAUCUAACAAACCCACAAUUCAAGGCUCACGUCAUCAAUUUGAUGACGUCACUCAACCUGGCUGUGGAGAACAUGAACCAACCAGAGAUCGUCGCCGCCAUGAUGAACAAACUCGGAGAGUCACACGGCAGGAGAAAGAUCCAAGAGAAAAAUUUCUUAGAACUGAAACAAGUCAUAGUGAAAAUGUUCAUAGAGGUGCUGAAGUUGGACGAAACGACACUAGGAGCUUGGGGCAAGACCGUCGAUUUCUGGUACAAACACCUAUUCGAGACCCUUAACAAAGCGGAACAAACCAGAUAACAUACACAUUGUCAACCAAUUACAGUUUAAACGAGUAGUUUAGUAUCUACAAUGGCUACUGUGAAAAGCAAACUCGGUUUGAUCUGUUGUACGAUGAUAGGAAAAUGACCGAAUUUAAAAAAUCAAAUUUAGAAUCAGAACGCGCUUUGAAAAUUGAAUGAUGAAUAUCGGCCAGUUUUAAAAACCUAGCUACCUGUUUUUUUUUAACUAGCGCGUAACACAUUUUAUGUGGAGCCUAUGUCAAACUACUAUCUUUACUAUAAUACUUAUACGCAAAUCUACCGAUGAUGGAUUAAUGAGACUGGCUGUAUAUCGACUGGCAUUAAAUAAUUUGGUUAUCUGUGGCAGUAGACAUUGGUACUACGUACUUGCAUUCCGUAAUUUUUUACAAAAUAAUUAAUUUGAAUUAAUUUCAGUUAUCUUCCUUUCAUCUUUUAUUGGAAUCUGGUCCGUCGAGAUCUCAUUAAAGGAUAAUAAUUUUUUCACCGUCGUCAUAGAGUUUGCUUUUCACCGUUGAAAAUCAGGCUGAAUAAUCCAUAUUAUACUGCGUUGUGUUUGUUACGGCUAAGAUUGGAGAAAUCGAUUUUAUUUCCUAUUUUUACAAUUACUCAUGAACAUACUUUCUUGUGUUUUCCGUGAGAAACGAAAAUUAUAUAGUUAAUCAUAGUUGUUGAAUUGUUUUAAUGUUUUUUUUUUAAUAUAUUUGAUAACUUUUUUUAUUGGCAAGGCCUAAGCUUUUUGUCGUGUCACGGCCUUAGGCUGUAUAAAUGUUGUAAACACCAAAAAUUUUUAUGUAUCACAAUUUUUUCUCUUUUAUUAUACAAUGUUAGAAUUUCUAAAUAACUUUAACAUUUUAUACAUUGACUUUUGAGUGUUGGACAUUUUAUCAACACUUGAAUUAUUGUUUUGGCAUAGAUGUAUGUAAAAUGUCAUUUUAUCAUAGUUAUAAGACGCAUUUAAUAAUAUUGUAGGUUAGAUAUAAAGCUUCAGACAUCUUCCAUUCUAUUGCAUAAUGUAAAUAGCUAUAUUUGUAAAUAAAGCAGUGGAUUUUU